AUGGCUCUCCAGGCUUCCUCUCUCCUCCCCGCCCUCUCCGUCCGCAAGGAGGUGAGCUCGUGGCCCCAAAUUCUUCUUCAUCUUCUUCUUCUUCUUCUUCUUCUUCUUCUUCUUCUUCUUCUUCUUCUUCUUCUUCUUCGUCUGAUUUUCCCUCUUGCAGGGGAAGCCGAUGGGGAAGGAGACGAGCUUCUUGGGGAUUUCUCUGGCCGACCAUGCGGUAUCCGACUUCAGCCCCCGCGUGCUCAAGAUCACCUCCUCCGGGGUAAUCUCAUUUCUAGGGUUUUCCUGCUCCUUGCUUCUUCUUCUUCUGCAAUUUCUGUCUAGAUCUGACGGGAGAAUCUUCUUUGUUUGUUUGCUCCUGCUCCAGAGGAGGGUGCGUUUGGGCGGCGGAGUGAGGGCCCAGACGACGACCACCUCCCCUUCCACCACCGUCUCCUCGCCGGACGCGAAGAAGACGCUGAGAAAGGGAACAGUCAUCAUCACCGGCGCCUCCUCCGGCCUCGGCCUCGCCACCGCCAAGGCCCUCGCAGAGACCGGCAAAUGGCACGUCAUCAUGGCCUGCCGAGACUUCCUCAAGGCCGAGAGAGCCGCCAAAUCCGUCGGCAUGAACAAGGAGAACUACUCCGUCAUCCACCUCGACCUCGCCUCCCUCGACAGCGUCCGCCAGUUUACCGACAACUUCCGCCGCUCCGGCCGCCCCCUCGACGCCCUCGUCUGCAACGCCGCCGUCUAUCUCCCCACCGCCAAGGAGCCAACUUUCACCGCCGACGGCUUCGAGCUCAGCGUGGGCACCAACCAUCUCGGCCAUUUCCUCCUCGCCCGCCUCCUCCUCGACGAUCUCAAGAAGUCAGAUUACCCCAGCCGCCGCCUCAUCAUCGUCGGCUCCAUCACCGGUGAGCUCUCUCCCUUCCCUUCCCUUCCCUCCCUUCCUUCAUCACCGGCGGCGCCGCUGAUAUUCUCCGGCUAUUUGCAGGGAACACGAACACUCUGGCCGGGAAUGUGCCGCCCAAGGCGGACCUGGGGGACCUGCGGGGGCUCGCCGGAGGGCUGAACAGGCUGAACACCUCCUCCAUGAUCAACGGCGGCGAGUUCGACGGCGCCAAGGCCUACAAGGACAGCAAGGUCUGCAACAUGCUCACCAUGCAGGAGUUCCACCGGCGGUUCCACGAGGAGACGGGGGUCACCUUCGCUUCUCUCUACCCUGGUUGCAUCGCCACCACGGGGCUCUUCAGGUCUCACAUCCCCCUCUUCAGGAUCCUCUUCCCCCCUUUCCAGAAGUACAUCACCAAGGGCUUCGUCUCCGAGGAAGAAUCCGGCAAGAGGCUCGCCCAGGUAAACACCAGAUCAAAUCCUCCACUCAUGGAAGAUAUGAGGUGAGAUGGGAUGAACCCAAUAAGAUCUUGUGGGUUUUCUCUCCAGGUGGUGACUGAUCCGAGCCUUGGCAAGUCGGGGGUCUACUGGAGCUGGAACAAGGACUCCGCCUCCUUCCAGAACCAGCUCUCCGAGGAGGCCAGCGAUCCGGAGAAGGCCCGGAAGCUGUGGGAGCUCAGCGAGAAGCUCGUGGGUCUGGCUUAA